ACGGCUGGGUUAGAAAAAAUUUUGAGUUAUUUUGCAUUUCAGAUAUUAAAGGUCAUGAGUUCGUUUUUGAUUAAUUCUAACUAUGUGGACCCUAAAUUUCCACCGUGUGAAGAGUAUUCACAGAACAAUUACUUACCAAGCCAUUCUCCGGAAUACUUUACCCGGGCACGGGAGCCCGGGUUCCAGCAUGAGGCGAUGUACCCGCGGUCAGCGUACAGCGAGCAGCCCUACUCCUCUUGCAGCAACCUCCAGGGCUCGGGCGAGCAAGUCGUGGCGCCCAGGGGUCACGUACAAUCGCAGACCGGCCUGCAGAACCACUUAGCCAAGCAUGGCCACCAGUGUGUCUCGGUGACUCCAAGCCCACCGCCCUCUUGCAGCCAGAACUUCAGCAACCAAAACACUCCUUGUUCCAAAGAGCCCGUGGUUUAUCCGUGGAUGAAGAAAUUGCAUAUAAACACCGUGAACCCUAAUUACAAAGGAGGGGAACCCAAACGCUCCCGUACUGCUUACACGAGGCAGCAAGUUCUAGAGCUGGAGAAGGAGUUCCAUUUUAAUCGGUACCUAACCCGGAGACGAAGGGUGGAAAUAGCCCAUUCUCUUUGCCUGUCAGAACGGCAAAUUAAAAUAUGGUUCCAGAACAGGCGAAUGAAAUGGAAAAAGGACCACAAGUUGCCAAAUACCAAAAUCAGGUCUACUACUGGCUCUUCGUCCUCUGCAAGUCAUCAAUCGCAAGGAAGCUCUCAAAACCAGGAUCCAAGUGGACCAUCAGCCACAUUAUAGCUGCUCUUAUGGGAGAGAAAUUGGUAGACGCGCGCAUAAGCAUAUAAUUUUAACUGAAAGACUUUAUUUAUAAUGGCAAAGUCUAAACUGUAAAUACUCCGAUUUUGCCCACUCCUCUUUCCCCUCCCCCAUUAGUAAUAUUGUAGAUUGCAGUUUUCAGAAGAGAUUGGCAAAGAUGAAUCCUCGUUUCAUCUUUAAUCACGCCAAAGUCUCCCCAUUUGUCAUGUUUACUUGGUGGUACAAAGGAUGAACUCUAUGCCUACGAUUACCUCGACAGCAAACGAACACUUUAAUAAAUGAGGCUCCGUUUCGCCAACCUGGGAUGACAAACUGUCUUUUAUUCACACAAAAACAAACCCACAACAAGAAUGUUGAAGCAUUUCAACAAGAUGGCCCUUGUGGUUUUUAAGCUUGGAGUCAUUUUCCGUUGGGGUUUACAAAAAGAAACAUUUGGGGUAUUUGCUUUGGAAUAUUACACCGACAUGUACUCAAACGUUUUCCUCAGACGUUUUGAACCCAAAUAUAUUGCUUUCGGUGCCAAUAAAAUGUAUGUAGUUGAACUUUAAAGACAAACGUGUAAAAAAUCAUAUGUAGGAAUAAAUUAUGUCAACAAAGUUAUUUAAAGUGAUUAUGAAAAUAUGUUGCAUGUGACUUGUACAGCCACGAUAUAAUACUUGCUUCUGGCCUCAGUAUUAGCAGAUUGUACAUUAGCUGAAAGAAGUGGAAAGUUAGAGAGAGGUGAACUGUUUUAAUUUCCUUACAAUUCUUUAUGACAUUCCAAACUUUGAAGUUUAGCAGCUGCUUCGUUCGGGCCCACAGGAGGAUGUAUUUUCGUUAGCAGUCUGUGUCCUUGCAUUGUUCUCUAUGUAUUGACUCUCAUCCAGACCAAAAU